CCAGGCAUCACUCCUGCGAGCGGACGGGAACUGGAAGGGCUCUAAAGCGACAAGAAAAGAUGCUGUCCCACUCUGUGCUGCUUCUACUAUUUUUCGCCAUUGUGACCCUCGCGAAAGGCCUGUCAUUCGAGCAAUGGGCGCUGGCAGAGUGGCAGACUUUCAAGACGCGACACGGAAAGAACUACAGCAACCCCUUUGAAGAAAGCCUUCGCAUGAAAGUGUUUAUGGAGAACCAAUACAGGAUCACUCAACACAACGAAAGACACAGCAAAGGGCUUGUUUCUUACAAGCUGAAGAUGAACUCUUAUGGAGACAUGUUACAGCACGAGUUCGCACACAGUGUGACAGGCCUACGCACCAGCGCAGGGUUAUUGGAGACUACUGCAUCAUUGUACAUGGCCCCGUACGGGACAGAGAAGAUGAAACCCCUGCACGUCGACUGGAGACCCACCUUGGUAACCAAAGUGAAGGACCAAGGCACAUGUGGAUCCUGCUGGGCAUUCAGCGCAACCGGUUCGCUGGAGGGUCAGCAUGCCCGAAAGACAGGCAAGCUGGUCUCCCUGAGCGAGCAAAACCUUAUUGACUGCAGCACGGAUUAUGGGAACGAGGGCUGCGAUGGUGGUCUUAUGACCAAUGCCUUCGAGUACAUCGUAAAGAACAAGGGAAUCAACACCGAGCACGCGUACCCAUACGAAGAAAUGAAGGGAGACUGCCGGUUCCGCAAGAACAUUGUGGCAGCCAACAUGACUGGAUACGUGACCAUACCACAGGGAUCCGAAGAAUCACUACAGGCAGCAGUGGCUUUUGUAGGUCCCAUUUCAGCCGGUGUCAAUGGAGAACAUUUCUCCUUUCGGUUCUAUGAGAAAGGUGUUUACGACGACCCUAUCUGCGGCUACAAGUCGGUCAACCACGCUGUCUUGGUUGUGGGUUAUGGCGUUGAUCCCGAUGGUAGGAAAUACUGGCUCAUCAAAAACAGCUGGAGCGACUACUGGGGUUUGGAUGGCUACAUGAAGCUCGACCGCACUGGGCGCAACUUUUGCGGCAUAGCUACUAUAGCCAGCUACCCGCUCGUUUGAACGAUGCUACACCAUCUUCUUGACCCCAUUAUUUUGCUCACUGUAGAAUGUACUGUGCUCUGGACACUAUGUAUGUCACCAUAUGUUCAUGUGCUCCUCUUGCAUUGGAACGCAUAUCCUGGAAGAUUUGUUCCAUGUCACUCGGGAGCACUAGUGGCGUGGGAAAAAAAGGGAACACGAGAGGAAUGCAUAAAGGAGAAGACAGUGGCUGUUGCAGGGAACUUAGUGGAGAGUUCUGCUGGGGAGCCUACCGACAGUGGCCGUAGGACAUACGUGUGGAACUUUUGGAACUUUGACAGAUGAGUGCGACGGAACUGUCCAAACAUCGUACUGGAUCUGCGUUGGUGUGGUAACUGUGACAACACUGUGUGACCAUCGUCAGAUCUUCGGAAGCGACACGUGACAAUCCUGUGCCGGACUUUAGAGACAGCACCGUUGUGGGAGAGAUAUAUGUAUGCUUGAAGUUACUUGAAAGUGCUUCGUUAUCCUCUUACGUCUACUAAGCUCACGCAAGUGUAUUAAAUCCGAAAUUGAU